UUCAAAAAGAUAAGUUUCUCUCCAAGCCAAGAAUAGGUCGUGCAAACAUUUUUAUUACUUCUAUUUUUUAAUGUCUAUUUAACACACGUGUAUGCACACGCCCUCUCACCGCUCCGUUGAUCAACCCUCAUAAUCCGCCACAGAUUCGUUUCUCCAUCUCAUUAAUUGGUGCUUAGCGUUUCACUCCUGAUUGGCUGGUAAUAAAAAAAAAGCACCUGCAGCUGAAAGCUAUUUCAAGAUUGCGGGGAAACAGCCUGGGGCGAUCAAGGGUGUUGGUUUGAUUUGCGGAGCGUAUUGCGACUUCUCUGAGAAAUCGACAAAACGAUGGCAGUGCAACUGGUUUCUAACAUGAAAAUCAGGUCUGGUGACUGCAUCAAAAUAAAAGCCAAGAUAGAAAUAGAUGCUGAAAGUUUUGCCAUCAACUUGGGCCAGAAUGAAUCUGAGCUGGUCCUUCACUUCAACCCUCGCUUUGAGAGUUAUGGGGAUCUUAGGACCAUUAUUUGCAAUUCCAAAUCGUGUGGAGAAUGGGGUAUGGAGGUCAGGGAGGACACUUUCCCUUUCCAAAAAGGGGAAGAAUUCAAGAUCUUUGUCUGCUUUGAUGCCAAAGAAAUCACUGUGAAAAUGCCCAAGGGCGAAGAAAUGAAGUUCCCAAAUAGGUUGGAAGUGGAUACAGCGGAAUAUUUCUCUAUUGUUGGCGAUGUUAGAAUUAAAUCUAUCAAAUUUGAUUGAUUCCCAACUCUUGUUUUGCACCCAAAAAAAAUAAAACUUGCAUGAAUAAAGUGAAACUAUCCUGGC